CUCAAAAAAAAAAGAACUGAGUGGGAGAGACAGGGAGGAGCUGCAGUCAUCGGCCUUGGCACCAGGACUUCCCGGGUGUGGGCCAGCAAGGGACCUUUCAAAGUAGAUUUGUGUCUCUGGAGGGAGGCCACCGAGGCUGCUGUGAGCUGCCUUGCCGGCAUUUCUCCUUUCCAUCCCAUAUCUUGAUGCUCGGGGACUGCGGAGGCCCAGCUGACAAUAUGGUGACAUGUUAACAGUGGGGAAUGGCCAGAGGGGACCUAUGCCCCCAGCCCCACAGCAGCUCGGACAGGAGCAGGGAGCUGACGUCACCUGCCUCUCUCUAGCAGGGACUUACUUUGGUCUCCUGUUUCCCUUUCUCUUUGUGAGUUCGGAGGAGGAAGACAGUCAGCCACGCUAGAGGGACUUGGCCUCGGCUGGCACAAGCUGGGUAUUCAUUUAUUCACGCAGUUAGCAGCCGCCCAUGGGGCUCACGCCUGGUGCAGGGGAAAGGGGGAGCACCACAGACUGCCUUCUCCCCUCGGGGAGUCCCCAGACAGGGAUGGCCAGAAGUGCAGCACAUAGAACCAGCCUGAGAAGAGCUGUCCCUGAGUAGGAGCCAGGAGGCCUCUGGAGUGAGGAUAGGUGCUCAAUAUAGCCUGGAAGGCCAAGGAAGCCUCCUGGAGGAGGCCGCCUACAUCAUAUGCUCAGUGAAGGCAGGAACUGGGUUGCCCCGUUCAACACAGGAUCCCAAAUGCUCAGCAGUGUGGAAGGAAAUGACUUGGAAGCUCAGACCUGAAGGGCGACUAGGUCCGGCCCCAGCAGAGGUGGAGGAAAUGGCCUGGCCAAAGGCUCGGAGGUGGGCUUUGUGCAAAUCAGUGUUCAGAGUGCCUGGGACCUCCAGUUGAUCAGGGCGUGGCAAGAGCUGAGGCUGGAGGCCAGAGGCAGUGCUGCAUUUUGGGGUCUAGGCCUCUGAGCUCAUAAAAAUAGCUCGCGGCUUUCUUAAGCCGUUACGUGGUUUGUCUUCUUCCUUCAUGCCUUGCCAAGCCCGGAAAGCCAGGUUGGGUCACUGCUGGGAGGUAUGAGGUGAGACUCGGGUUUGAAGGCAGGUCAAGUUGUGGGGAAGUGGGGGUGGCCCCCUAUUUGUUGGGGGCAGACCUGCCAUUUGAAAACCACCUUCCUCAUGUGUAGCCCUCACAUGGGAAAACAGGAUUGGACCUGCAGGGAUCCUGGCUGGGGUGAGACAGAGUCUCAGGGGAAGUUGGGGGCUCUCUGCCAGAUUUGGGGCUCCCAGUGUCUCUGAUCACCUAUCGAGUUUAUCGGACGCCAAAACUGGGACCCGCACGGAUGGUGUAAACUCAGACCCAGGCAGCCUGGUCAGUGCCCAUCAUGCAGAGUGACCCUCUGUCCCCUCCAUGCCCAGCAAGGCCGAUGGGCAGCUAGGAGGCGAGGUACCGUCUGGCUCGAUGGAGAGCCAAAGAGGUAAUGCUAAUGUCUUUUAAAAUUAGAAUGAAAAUGUUUAUUGCAGAGAAGAACCUGCGUCAGCUCAGAGUCCUGUGGGAAGGGAACGGCUUUAUCACAGCCUUUCGCUUUUAUUUUUGCACAUUCGCUUUUUAUUUGCCGGUGGUGCUGCUGACGGGCCCUCAGAGCAGGGCUGUGUCUGGACACUUCUGGGAGCCUCGGACGGCUCCGGAGAGGAGGCAGGAGCUGCCCAGGAAGGAGCUUAAUUCCGUCGCUUCUGAGCUGUCUGCACGGCAGGAGGAGAGUGAACAUUCUCAUAAACAUUUAAUUGAACUCCGCCGGGAAUUUAAGAAAAAUGUACCUGAGGAAAUCAGAGAGAUGGUGGCUCCUGUAUUAAAAAGCUUCCAAGCCGAGGUGGUGGCCCUUAGUAAGAGAAGUCAGGAGGCGGAGGCUGCUUUUCUGAGUGUUUACAAGCAAUUAAUUGAAGCACCAGACCCCGUGCCUGUGUUUGAGGCGGCGCGCGGCCUAGACGACAGACUGCAGCCCCCCAGCUUUGACCCCAGCGGGCAGCCCCGGCGAGACCUCCACACUUCGUGGAAGAGGAACCCCGAGCUCCUCAGCCCCAAAGAGCAGAGAGAGGGGACGUCGCCUGCCGGGCCCACGCUGACCGAGGGAAGCCGCCUCCCAGGCAUUCCCGGGAAAGCCCUCCUGACAGAAACCUUGCUGCAGAGAAAUGAGGCGGAAAAACAAAAGGGCCUUCAAGAAGUACAGAUCACUUUGGCGGCCAGACUGGGGGAGGCAGAGGAGAAAAUCAAAGUCCUACAUUCAGCGCUAAAGGCUACACAGGCAGAGCUGCUAGAGCUGCGGCGGAAAUACGACGAGGAGGCGGCAUCCAAGGCAGAUGAAGUCGGCCUGAUCAUGACCAACCUGGAGAAAGCUAAUCAGCGAGCUGAGGCUGCCCAGCGGGAGGUGGAAAGUCUCCGGGAACAGCUGGCCUCUGUCAACAGCUCCAUCCGCCUGGCUUGCUGCUCUCCCCAGGGGCCCAGUGGGGAUAAGGUGAACUUCGCUCUGUGCUCGGGCCCUCGGCUGGAGGCCGCGCUGGCCUCCAAGGACAGGGAGAUCCUGCGGCUGCUAAAGGAUGUGCAGCACCUCCAGAGCUCGCUGCAGGAACUGGAGGAGGCAUCCGCCAACCAGAUCGCUGACCUGGAGCGGCAGCUCACAGCCAAGUCCGAGGCCAUAGAAAAGCUGGAAGAGAAGCUCCAGGCCCAGUCUGACUAUGAAGAAAUUAAAACGGAGCUGAGUAUCCUGAAAGCCAUGAAGCUGGCCUCCAGCACCUGCAGCCUCCCCCAGGGCAUGGCCAAGCCUGAAGACUCACUGCUUAUUGCAAAGGAGGCCUUCUUCCCUGCGCAGAAAUUCCUUCUGGAGAAGCCCAGCCUCCUGGCCAGCCCUGAGGAAGACCCAUCAGAGGACGAUUCCAUCAAGGAUUCGCUGGGCACGGAGCAGUCCUACCCCUCCCCUCAGCAGCUCCCACCUCCACCAGGGCCUGAAGACCCCCUGUCUCCCAGCCCGGGGCAGCCCCUGCUUGGCCCCAGCUUGGGGCCUGAUGGCCCUCGGACUUUCUCGCUGUCCCCCUUCCCCAGCCUGGCAUCAGGGGAGAGAUUGAUGAUGCCCCCAGCCGCCUUCAAGGGAGAGGCGGGCGGCCUGCUGGUGUUCCCCCCAGCCUUCUAUGGCGCCAAGCCCCCCACAGCCCCUGCCACCCCGGCCCCUGGCCCUGAGCCACCAGGCGGUCCUGAGCCUGCCGAUGGUGGUGGGGGCGGAGCGGCGGGGCCUGGGGCAGAGGAGGAGCAGCUGGACACGGCAGAGAUCGCCUUCCAGGUGAAGGAGCAGCUGCUAAAACACAACAUCGGGCAGCGGGUGUUUGGGCAUUACGUGCUGGGGCUAUCGCAGGGCUCGGUCAGCGAGAUCCUAGCCCGGCCCAAGCCCUGGCGCAAGCUCACGGUGAAGGGCAAGGAGCCCUUCAUCAAGAUGAAGCAGUUCCUAUCGGAUGAGCAGAACGUGCUGGCGCUCAGGACUAUCCAAGUGCGGCAGCGAGGCAGCAUCACCCCGAGAAUCCGCACACCCGAGACGGGCUCGGACGACGCCAUCAAGAGCAUUCUAGAGCAGGCCAAGAAGGAGAUCGAGUCGCAGAAGGGCGGCGAGCCCAAGACCUCGGCGGCCCCACUGAGCAUUGCCAAUGGCGCGGGCCCUGCCAGCACCUCGGAGGACGCCAUCAAGAGCAUCCUGGAGCAGGCACGCCGUGAGAUGCAGGCGCAGCAACAGGCCUUGCUGGAAAUGGAGGCGGGACCCAGGGGCCGCUCGGUGCCCCCCUCGCCUCCGGAGAGGCCGUCGUUGGCCACCGCGAGCCAGAACGGGGCCCCGGCCUUGGUGAAGCAGGAGGAGGGCGGCGGGGGCCCCGUGCAGGCGCCACUCCCGGUCCUGUCCCCCGCCGCCUUCGUGCAGAGCAUCAUCCGCAAGGUCAAGUCCGAGAUUGGCGACGCCGGCUACUUCGACCACCACUGGGCCUCCGACCGCGGCCUGCUCAGCCGCCCCUACGCCUCCGUGUCGCCCUCACUGUCCUCCUCCUCCUCCUCCGGCUAUUCUGGCCAGCCCAAUGGCCGCGCCUGGCCCCGCGGGGAUGAGGCCCCGGUACCCCCCGAGGACGAGGCGGCGGCAGGGGCGGAGGACGAGCCCCCCAGGGCGGGCGAGCUCAAGGCUGAGGGUGCGACAGCCGAGGCGGGCGCGCGGCUGCCCUACUACCCGGCCUACGUGCCGCGCACCCUGAAGCCCACCGUGCCGCCGCUGACUCCCGAGCAGUACGAGCUGUACAUGUACCGUGAGGUGGACACGCUGGAGCUCACCCGCCAGGUCAAGGAGAAGCUGGCCAAGAACGGCAUCUGCCAGAGGAUCUUCGGGGAGAAGGUGCUGGGCCUGUCACAGGGCAGUGUGAGCGACAUGCUGUCCCGGCCGAAGCCAUGGAGCAAGCUGACGCAGAAGGGGCGGGAGCCCUUCAUCCGCAUGCAGCUGUGGCUCUCCGACCAGCUUGGCCAGGCGGUGGGCCAGCAGCCUGGUGCCUCCCAGGCCAGUCCCACAGAACCAAGGUCCUCACCAUCCCCACCCCCCAGCCCCACAGAGCCUGAGAAGAGCUCCCAGGAGCCGUUGAGCCUGUCCCUGGAGAGCAGCAAGGAGAACCAGCAGCCAGAGGGCCGCUCCAGCUCCUCGCUGAGCGGGAAGAUGUACUCGGGCGGCCAGGCCCCAGGGGGCAUCCAGGAGAUCGUUGCCAUGUCCCCCGAGCUGGACACGUACUCCAUCACCAAGAGGGUGAAGGAGGUCCUCACAGACAACAAUCUAGGGCAGCGGCUGUUUGGGGAAAGCAUCCUGGGUCUGACGCAGGGCUCCGUGUCUGACCUGCUGUCCCGGCCCAAACCCUGGCACAAGCUGAGCCUGAAGGGGCGGGAGCCUUUUGUCCGCAUGCAGCUGUGGCUCAAUGACCCCCAUAACGUGGAGAAGCUGAGGGACAUGAAGAAGCUAGAGAAGAAAGCCUACCUGAAACGUCGCUAUGGCCUCAUCAGCACCGGCUCAGACAGUGAGUCCCCGGCCACCCGCUCGGAGUGCCCCAGCCCCUGCCUACAGCCCCAGGACCUGAGCCUCCUGCAGAUCAAGAAACCCCGGGUGGUGCUGGCACCUGAGGAGAAGGAGGCGCUGCGGAAGGCCUAUCAGCUGGAACCCUACCCCUCACAGCAGACCAUCGAGCUCCUCUCCUUCCAGCUCAACCUCAAGACCAACACCGUCAUCAACUGGUUCCACAACUACAGGUCCCGGAUGCGCCGGGAGAUGUUGGUGGAGGGGACCCAGGAUGAGCCAGACCUUGACCCAAGUGGGGGUCCUGGAAUCCUACCGCCAGGCCACUCCCACCCGGACCCCACCCUGCAGAGCACUGACUCUGAGACUGAGGACCAGAAGCCAACCAUGAAGGAACUGGAGCUUCAGGAGGGCCCUGAGGAGAACAGCACACCCCUGACCACCCAGGACAAGGCCCAAGUGAGGAUCAAGCAGGAACAGACAGAGGAGGAUGCUGAGGAAGAGGCAGGCAGCCAGCCCCAGGACUUAGGGGAGCCAGACAAAGGCCAAGGUCCCCCCAAAGAGGAGCAUCCCGACCCUCCGGGUAAUGACGGACUCCCAAAAGUGGCUCCCAGUCCCCUCCUUCCAGGUGGAUCCACCCCAGACUGUCCCUCACUUCAUCCCCACCAGGAGAGUGAGGCUGGGGAGCGGCUUCACCCGGACCCUUUAAGUUUUAAGUCAGCCUCAGAGUCCUCACGCUGCAGCCUGGAGGUGUCACUGAACUCGCCCUCAGCUGCCUCCUCGCCAGGCCUCAUGAUGUCUGUGUCACCUAUCCCCUCCUCCUCAGCUCCCAUCUCCCCAUCGCCUCCUGGCGCCCCCCCUGCCAAAGUGCCGAGUGCCAGCCCCACUGCUGACACGGCUGGAGCCUUGCAUCCCAGUGCCAAGGUGAACCCCAACUUGCAGCGGCGGCAUGAAAAAAUGGCCAACCUGAACAGCAUCAUUUACCGACUAGAGCGGGCUGCCAAUCGGGAGGAGGCCCUGGAGUGGGAGUUCUGAAAGCAGGGUGAGGGGGCAAGGGACAUACCCUGGUAACUACCUUCCUUUUCUCACUCACUCUCCUCAACAGGGUGGGGUAAGGGAGGGAGGAACUCAACCAUCAAAAUGUGGACAGCAAUGUUAUGCCGUUUACGUUUUUUGUUGUAAUCCUAGUUCUAUGAAGUUGUGUGAGCAGGUGGGUCAAAUGCCAUUGCCUCCACUUUUCGGCACCCCCUGCUCCUCUUCACCCUGACCCCUCUGCAGAAGGCAGAAGCAAAAUGGCACCACAUAUUCACCUGAAAACUCCAAACUCUUUUAGAAAAAUAAAUAAAUAUUUAUAGACCUCUUUUAGAUAUUUUAAUAAAGGAUCCUUUGGAAUUUAUCCCAGCUGAUGCUGUUUUGAUAUUACAGAGAGUUAUAAAAUCAGGAUGCUGUCACAACUGUUGCGAAGUAUACACUGAAGUUGUGUCGUUUUUGCCACUAGAUGAGAUUAAAAGAAGACAAUUGUUCAAAGCCAUCACAAAACACUAUAAGACUGACCAAAAUCUAGAUAACCUUUGAACCAUGAUUUUUUUCCACAUCUGUCUGUGAGACACAGCGCAUUGCUACUGCCCUUCCAGAAACUAUGCUAAAAAAGAGAAAGUCCAAAAGACUCUAAACGAAAAUCUUGAUGCCGUUGAGGAUGUGUUUCAUUCUGGUGGUCUGUUUUGCAAGCUUGAUAACACAAAAUAUCCGUGCCAUUGUAAAUGUUGUAGAGAUGUGGGCUGUGGCCCAACCGUCCUAUAAGAGAUGUAGCAUGGUACAGAACAAACUGCUUACACAGGUCUCACUAGUUAGAAACCUGUGGGCCAUGGAGGUCAGACAUCCAUCUUGUCCAUCUAUAGGCAAGAAGUGUUUCCAGAUCCUUUGGAAAGGUGGGCAUGGGGCAGGUGCUUGGAGAGUGGCAUUUGAACCAGAGGGACCCCAUUUCCCCAUGUGAACCAUAGGCACAACCCAGGAAGUUUCCCCACUUGUAGGAGUGUGGGUAUUCCAGAGCAAGACUGUGGCCACCAUCUUCCCCUCUUGGUGUUUUCCAAAAGUGACAGUGUUGGUCAUCCCAUGACCACUGAAGCUUAGUAACCAGCGCCAAAAAGUAGAGUCAUCAAACUAGAGAUCCCAGCUCCCCUUCUCGCCAUCUUCUUUCUCAAGUUGACCCUGGUGCUGUUUCUGGAAGGCAUCUGCAACUCCAAGUCCAUGCAGAACUCUGGAAGGCCAAGUUCAUCGCAGCAUGUUCACCAUAUCCCAGCCUCCAAAUCUACCCUCCUACCUUCCAACGCAUGACCUGUUGGGGAGCAGAGACUCAACCCCCAACUCAAAGGAGCCCUUCCUCCAGCGUCUUUGGCAUGGUUUCUAGGGUGAGAGUUCCCAAUUUGGAUGAAACGGCCACCAUAUUGGUUAUUGAAUCUCUCUCCCUUGUUUUUAUUACAUUUCCUUUUUCAAACUGUCCGUGGGAAGGCUGAAUUGGGUGACUCCCCAGAAUGAAGAUGAAAAGGUGACUAUAAUCAAUGCCGAUGCAAUGCCAGCGGGUGAGAUGGCCGAUGGAGGUUUCAAAGAUGUAGCUAGCAUUUUGAAACCAUAUAGGCAAAACCCAGCAACCAGAAGGGGACAGAUAAGGACCGUUCCAGAAAUUUCAACUCUCACACCCAGCCCAGGCUGCAGUCUCCACACCAAACAGUCAACAAAACACAAACCCUGAAGGAAAACCUUUUCCAUACACCCAGGCUAUGCAUUGAAGAGUUUUCCACUGUAUACAUUUUUAUCCAGAUGAAGGUAUUUUUAUAUUUUGACAAUAGGAAACAGUGACCAAUUUUCAGAGUAAUCAAAUCUGGAACAAAUGAAACAUCUCCUUUUAGCCACCACCACCCUGUUGCAAUUAAGACAACCGUGGGGGAACAUACCACUUUUUACUGUUGAAACCAACACAACGUUGAAAUCCAGGCUUACAUGCAGACUCCGAUUCCUAGAGAACUAAAUUUGGCUUUAGUGUGACGGGAUUUGAUUAAGCACUUAGUAUAGUCUUUUGAACACAGAAAUCCUGUUGUACUUAAAGCUAGCGGACCCGUGAACAACUUUGUCAGGUUCACGUCCUAUAACGGUUAAAAAAACACACACACAUACACAAACCGUUUCUAUGAGAGAUUGAUGAACUUUGUUUAAAAUUUUAAAAAAAGGAACACGUUCUGUAAACGAGUUGCUAAAUACAGAAUUGUAUAAUAA